AUGGCUCACACCUGGUGCCAGCCAGCAGCCGCGGACCUGCCUGUAGGCCCUCGUGAAGGCCUGCUGCUCGUCCUGAAAACCUGCUGCUACUCGAGAAUCCAGAGGGGCUGCUCCUCAUGGGGCGCCGUCUUGGCUAGAGGCUGCCUACAUCUUCUGUGGGCUUUGCCUCCGUGGUUUCCAAGGGGGCAAAUGGGGGCUGCCGGGCCUUAUUUGACGGGAGACAUGAAUAUCUGGGCUAGGUUCACUUCAGAGAUUCAUCGUUUUCCUGAUAGGGGGCGGCGCGCGGUGACGUCGGGCGCCCGGGCGGAGCUGUGGCUGUGGUGGUGGCGGCGGCGGCGCCCGGCCGGCAGCGGCAGCGGCAGCGGCAGCGGCAGCCCUGAGCAGGGUGAGACGGCCGCGGUGGCGGCAGCUCGGGGUCGGGCGGCGCCUGGAGCUUCCCGCCCGUCGCUGGCGCUAGGCCCCUCGGCUCUCCUCCGCCCGCUCCUCCUCACGGCCCUGGCUGGGUCCCGGCAGCGCGCCCCCGGGGAGGGCGGAGCCGUAGGUGGAGGAGUUACUGAUGGCCAUGGAGAAGGUAAAACAGGAGCUGGAGUCCAUGAAGGCGAAGCUGUCCUGCACUCAGCAGUCACUGGCAGAGAAGGAAACUCAUGUGACCAACCUUCGGGCCGAGAGAAGAAAACACUUAGAGGAAGUUCUGGAGAUGAACACAUGCAAAUGACAGUCCAGGCUCUCCAGGAUGAAUUGCGGAUCCAGAGGGACCUAAACCAGCUGUUUCAACAGGAUAGUAACAGUAGGACUGGUGAGCCUUGCGUGGCAGAGCUGACGGAGGAGAACUUUCAGAGGCUGCACACUGAGCAUGAGCGGCAGGCCAAGGAGCUGUUCCUCCUUCGAAAGACUCUGGAGGAGAUGGAGCUGCGGAUUGAGACUCAGAAGCAAACCCUGAACGCUCGGGACGAAUCCAUCAAGAAGCUUCUGGAGAUGUUGCAGAGCAAGGGGCUUUCUGCUAAGGCUACUGAGGAGGACCAUGAGAGAACAAGGAGACUGGCAGAGGCAGAGAUGCAUGUCCACCACCUCGAAAGCCUUUUGGAGCAGAAGGAAAAAGAGAACGCUCUGUUGAGAGAGGAGAUGCAUCGGAGAUUUGAGAAUGCCCCCGAUUCUGCCAAAACUAAAGCUCUGCAAACUGUUAUCGAAAUGAAGGAUUCAAAAAUUUCCUCUAUGGAGCGUGGGCUCUGAGACUUGGAAGAGGAGAUUCAGAUGCUGAAAUCGAACGGGGCUUUGAGCACUGAAGAACGAGAGGAAGAAAUGAGGCAAAUGGAGGUCUAUCGGAGCCAUUCUAAAUUUAUGAAAAACAAGGUCAUGAUUGGUCAGGUGAAGCAGGAGCUGUCCAGAAAGGACAGAGAACUACUAGCCCUACAGACAAAGCUAGAAACACUCACCAACCAGUUCUCAGACAGCAAGCAGCACAUUGAAGUGCUGAAGGAGUCCUUGACUGCUAAGGAGUCGAGGGCUGCCAUCCUGCAGAACGAGGUGGAUGCUCUGCGGUUGCGUUUGGAAGAGAAGGAAACCAUGCUGAAUAAGAAGACAAAACAAAUCCAGGACAUGGCUGAGGAGAAGGGGACCACAGCUGGAGAGAUCCAUGACCUCAAGGACAUGCUGGAUGUGAAGGAGCGGAAAGUUAAUGUCCUUCAGAAGAAGAUUGAAAAUCUCCAAGAGCAACUUAGAGAUAAGGAAAAGCAGAUGAGCAGCUUGAAGGAGCGAGUCAAAUCCUUGCAGGCUGACACCACCAACACUGACACCGCCUUGACUACUUUGGAGGAGGCCCUUGCCGAGAAGGAGCGGACAAUCGAACGCUUGAAGGACCAGCAGGACCGAGAUGAGCAAGGAAAGCAGGAGGAAAUUCAUAACUACAAAAAAGAUCUUAAAGACCUGAAAGAAAAAGUCAGCCUAUUGCAAGGCGACCUCUCAGAGAAAGAGGCUUCACUCUUGGAUCUGAAAGAGCAUGCUUCUUCCCUGGCUUCCGCAGGACUGAAAAAGGACUCACGGCUUGAGACACUAGAAAUUGCUUUGGAGCAGAAGAAGGAAGAGUGUCUGAAGAUGGACUCGCAGUUGAAAAAGGCACACGAGGCAGCAUCGGAAGCCAGAGCCAGUCCAGAGAUGAGUGAUCGAAUACAGCAAUUGGAGAGAGAGAUUGCCAGGUACAAAGAUGACUCUAGCAAGGCCCAGGCAGAAGUUGACCGCCUCUUGGAAAUCUUGAAGGAGGUGGAAAAUGAGAAGAAUGACAAAGAUAAGAAGAUUGCUGAGUUGGAAAGGAGAAUCUUGGUACCAGGACCGCAGAAUGAAGAACUUGGAGUCCCCGUGGCUAAUCCAGCGGAGGGAAAAGGAGAAACACAGACGGGAGAGAAAAUAAAGGGAACCCUUGGUGCUGCUGCAGGCCCAAGUCCAGACUCGCAGGCUUUCUGGACCUCUGAGGAACAGAAGCACUUCACAGAACCUCUGCUACAGAACCAAACAUAUUGAAAUGACUCUUUACGAAGAUAUUGAAACAACAGAAACAGAAGACAUGACGAUUGUUUCUCCUGAGGGUUCAGUUACCUAGGGGGCCUUUAGCAAACUUUGAUUGAUACAUCUAACCCUUCCUUCCUUGGCAAUAGUUGAUCACACUGUGAGGAAAACAAGUUAGAGAAUGGAAAAAUAAUAUUUGGAUUUCAACGAAAUAAUAAAAAUGCAGGGAGUAUCUUUGACUUUUGCAAGGUGAGAAGAGAGUUUCCAUUUUGAUUAUUUGAUGGCAGGAAUCCCUUUUAAAACAGGGCCAGUCUGCAUGAUGCAUUGAAAAAUCAACCUUUUCAAAUAUAGCCAUAACCCCCACAAGAUUUCUUGAUUUCUCUGGGGUCAGAUAAACCAUCACAUUUCACAGUGGUGCCCUGUACAUGAAAGUGAUAAACAUAAUCUGGAAGCACAGCAGUGGCUAAAACUAUGGAGCUGGCAGCCAUUCGCUGAAAUGAUUUUUUGCUUUUAAUUCAUUGCAUAAAAUGCUCAUGUCCAAAUUCAGGCAGGUAGAUCUUACCAACCAUCAAGAGCUUCAACCCUGCUAACAGUUAAGUAUGCACUUUUAAACCCUACUUUGACUGCUCCAGAAACUUACUGGGUUUCUUUAAUGCCUCUGUUACUAUUUCCUUUGUGUCAUUUUGUUUUUCUUUCAAAACAUAGCUGUGUGACCUUGGGGAAGUUAUAUUAUUUCCUUGAGACUUGGUUGCCUUCUCUGUGAAUAUCUGGGUAUAAUUUUAGUAUUGCCCAAUAGAAUUUUCAAUGAUAAUGAAAAUAUUCUAUAUCUGUACCGUGCAAUGCAGUACUCAAUAGCUACAUGGAGCUAAUAAACAUCUUUGAAAUAUGGCAAAUGCAACUGAGGAACUGAAUUUUUAAUCUUAUUUUUAAAUUUGUUUAAAUAUAAAUAAUGCCACGUGGCUAGCAUCUGUUGACAGUACAGAUCUACAUAAUAUUUUAAGGACACUCUCCACUCAAAAACUCUACCAUUCAUUAACUCAGCCUAAAUAUUUUUGCCCUCUGACAAACAGAAAAUAAUUUAUGCUUCCCUUGAAAUUAUCUGUCAAGACCUUUAUCAGUUUGGGGUCAUUCUAUUCUUAAAAUUGACUUUGCUUUAUGAAACUUUAAUAAUGUUGGAGUUUCCUGCCCUUGGUACCACCUUUGUGAUGAUGGGAAAUAUUGGGGAUGAUCAAGGACCAUUUCAAGAGAUCAUGGAGAGAAACCUCCUCCUGGAUUUAAUUUCAUUAUGAGGAUGUCAAAAUGCUGAAUUACUUAAAAUAAAACCCAUACCGUUUU